AUGCGGAAACAGCCUCAGUGUCUCUACGACCUGAUGCAUGGAGAGACCAAAUGCAGUACGAGGGAGCAAGUGUACACGAGCGAGGGUCAUCCGGCCGCUGAAGAGAGGGGGAGCCCUUCACCCUUCUCCCCCUCACUCUCAUCUACCCAACAGGUCCCGGACAAGCCUAUGAAGAGCAUUAGGUACAUGGACAAGGAAAUAAGGAACCUCAAGAAAGACCUCCUGCGAAGCCGGUUACUGAUCCAGUCGGUGAAGAUAGGCCGCGGGUACUUCACCAUCCUGAGAGAGGAGACUGCCAUGAAGAAAAGGCAGCAGCAGCUGCAGAAGCUGCAAGAGGAAGAGAGAAAUAAGUUCCAGCCUGCCAUGAAGAUCUCAGAGGUCCUCUACGGAGACUCGCUGCUGGUAGCUCACGAAGACAAGUUUAAGAAGCUGGGGGCUGGAGCAGUACGCCGCCCCUUCACCCCUGUCCAUAGCUGUAUCAUCUCCUCCUGGCUCCCCGAGGCUCACGUGGAGCCCCUCUUCCGCCAACUCUGUGCCCUUCACUGGCUUCUGGAGGCCCUGACCAUCGACCACACCCACCACACCAUGAAGCCUGUGAUCACCUGCUGGAAUCUCAAGGACCCAGGUGGAAGCAAGAACACGGUAAAGAAAAUCAAUAAGGACAAGUACAUGGGACAGCGGUGGGAUCACUUCCUCACAGCACCCAAGACCAAGAAGUUCAAAAUCCCUACCAUGCGGACCACCAGUCGCAAGCCCAGCCGGCGAGGCUCCAUGCUGAGCCUGUCCAGGACCAGCGGCGGGUCCUCGCCCCAGAGCAGCAUGGUCUCCAUCAACCCCAGCUCCGACGAGCCGCAGAGCAUGGGCACUCAGGGCACCAACAGCAAGGAUAUCGAGGACAACGAGUCGUCUUCCACCAAGCCAGACGAGGAGGUUCUCCAUGUCAACCUGCAGAAGCUCCUGGAGAUGGUUCGAGAAAAUGCGCGAAGGACAGUCAUGAUGGAAGACGAGAUGCAGAAAGAGGCACCCAGCCUCCUGUCGGUGUUCAAAUCCAGCAAGAGUGACUCUGCCUUCAAGGACGGCCAGACCAUGCACAAGUCCAGCGAAAGAUCCAUCAGUACAAGUGCAGAGAGCCACACUGUGUUGGUCCAGAAGAAGUCUAAGAGCCGUACCACCCGUGACAUCAUCCAUGGCAAGACCGGGGUGUGCAGCAGCCUGCGGGCCAAGUUUUACAGUGUGGCCCAGGAAGCCGCCUUCUGCCUUCAGGACAAGAUGGAGGUCCUCCUGAAACGCCAAGAAGAACGAGGUCUCCAGAAGUUCCAUUCUUUCGUCCUCGUCUCAAACUUCCAGAAGGAUAUAGGAAAAAUGAGACAGCAAGUAGCAGUCAUCAAAGGGGACGCGGAGGAGAUCGCAGAUCACUG